AUGUCAGUUCUCCAUAAUCCAUACUUGGACAAUAACAACAUAUACUGCCAAAAUAUUAACGACAGAGGUUGCUAAUUUUCUGUAUCCAGAUUCAUUUGGAGAUUUGAAUAAUGUAAUAUCUGAAUGUAAGCUGUUAAUCAAUCUUCACAGGAAAGACGUGUGCAGUGAAAGGACAUAGCUACGUCCAUCUGUUACGUUUCGCCCUGUGGGCAUGGAUGAAUGCAAUAGUCACCCUGUUACUCUGCAGGGGAAACUGUCAGAGAGGGACCCUCACAUGAACCAUUCAGAUUUGGAAUAGGAGCACAUCUGCACUCUCUGCUCUAAGACAGGAUCUCCUUAUCUGCAGGAUGCCUGGAAACAUCAGAUCAGUCUCUGUGGUCUCGGUAGCUUUGUUGUGCUUGGUGUUCUGCAGUCAGCCGACCAGUCUGGAUGCAGCCCCCCUCUGUACGAAUGCCGAGGCUGGGUGUCACGUCCUCUCCCUGGCUAACCUGUUUGACCGGGUCAUUCAACACUCAGCCAGAAUGCACGGCAUUUCAAAUGACCUUCACUCUGAGUUUGAGCUUUACUUCCUGCCCAGUAAGAAUCAGAUUGGCCGGGUCAGUCGCAACUGUCACACGUCUAACAUCCUCACCCCAAAUGGAAAGGAGAACGCUCAGAGAAUGGCGAGGGAGGAGCUGACGGAGGUGAUUCUAAAGCUCCUGGUGGCAUGGAGGGACCCUCUGUGGCAUUUCCACCAGAGCAUGACGCACUUCCACGACUUCAUUGACUUCAGCUCCAAUAAAUCUCUUAAAAUGAGUGAUAUGGUGCAUGAGCUACGGAAAGGAGUACAGAAAGUAGUUGAGAAGAUGCAGAUGUUGGGAAUAUUAAGUAACUCUGUCAGCAGCCUCAUGUCUCCCGAGGCUUUCUUGGCAUCAGGCAGUGCUGAGUGGCGCCUAAUGAAAGACUACGAGCUCCUCUACUGUUUUCGCCGAGACUCCAACAAGGUCCAAAACUACCUGAAGAUCCUGAAGUGUCGCAUUGUUCCAGAGGAUGGAUGUUAAAAGCUAGAAACUCUUGACAAAGCUGAAGUUUUUGUUUUCUACUUAUAGAGAAUCAGAAACUACUUUUCAUUCUCAUCAUGACUGCAGUGAUACAACGACCGCCCAGUCUGUCAGAAUGUUUUCCAUCCUCAGAAAAUGUUACAUGACCACAGACAGGGUGCGAUGAAUGCACAGAAUCACUAAUUAUUAUAAGAGAAACCUGUAAAUCGUCUGUUUCAAUAUAUUAUAUAAAUAUUUCAAAA